AUGUUCAUGUGUGAGGUUCAAGAGAAGCUACCCAGCAGUCCUACCGUGAUGCUUUGGACCGGUCGCCGACUUCUGAUCAACGCCAUUCCAAGCGUCAACGUCGAUUCACAGCUACGCCUACGCACUCGCCUACAUAGGGGUGUCGGGGGAAGAAAGAAAUUUCUCCGGAUGAGGAGAAUGGGGAACACAGAAGAGCGGCUACUUCUACAAGUUGCCGUUAUUUUCGUAUUACUGAAUUUUUCGGAAUGUGCUACGGUGUCCAGCGUCGGCCCGUCCAAGGGGAGCACUAAUGGGGAGACACGACUGACCAUAAAAGGGUCAGGCUUCGCCAAAAACCAGUUUAACUACGGAGACGGGAACGCCCACCUUGGUAACACUGUUACCCUUGUGUCUGGGACCCAACAGUUUGACUGUCCCGUACACAAAGAUGGCACCCACGAGACGCAGAUCAUGUGCUAUACUCCACACAUGCCUGUUGACUCCUUCAGUGUGAAAGUAACUGUGGAUGGCGUUGCUAUUGACGACAACAAUAUAUGCAACAACUGUCCAUUUGCUACUAGCAGCUCGAACACACCAACCAUUACUUCGAUCGAGCCUCGUUCUGGUCCUCCAGGUACGAUUGUGAAGUUUUACGGGAAGAUCUUCACUGACAAGUACGGCAGUAACAAAGACGAGAGUACAAACGGCAAAUCUGUCAGCAUCUUACGAGUUUACGUUGGAGGACAAAGCUGUGAGCUGAAGAAAGCUGAUGAUGUGUUUUACGGAAUCGAGCUUGACAACGGUGGCGACAGUGACUAUGGUUACAUCAAAUGUAAGAUCGGUGAGACUGGCACCAAAAUAGGAAGCAUCAACGGUACCUUCAUCAUAUCUGACGAAUAUGGCAGGGCUGAACCAAGCAAGGACCUGUACCAAGUCGGUGGAAACUAUCAGUUCUACAUGUUUCAAACCUACGCAGAGAUCAGUUCGGUCACUCCAGCCACUGGCAGCGUGGAGGGAGGAACCCUUAUCUCCAUUGCCGGAAACAAUUUCGACGAAACUCGCACGGGUGCAGUGGUAAUGGUUGGAGGCACGCCUUGUGUAAUAAAGGGUGCCGUGACCAAGACAUUGAUUACAUGUGAGACUGCUGCCAAACCAGUAUCAACACCAGCCAGGCACGCAGGUAACCGUGGUCUGAAGCUAGAAAUCUGGAAUGCGACCACAAAGACGCAGGCUUUGCUGUCCGAGGUUGGGGCCUUAGACAAUACUGCUGCCGACUAUUACAUGGAUUUUCUGGAUGAAGCAUACUACACUGAUAGUACUAUGGACAAUAUGGUCACUAAGAUGAGCGGAUUCUUCGUGCCUCCUUUUGAUGGGGACUACAGCUUCCAUAUCAAGGCCGACGACGGGGCGGAACUGUACCUCAGUACUGAUGACAAUCCUUCUAACAUGGCAAGGAUUGCUUACUCUGGGCUAGCCAAUAACUAUUACACAACGAGCAGCCAGAGCUCCUCAAGGAAGACACUAUCCAAGGCUAACAAAUAUUACAUGGAGGUUUACCACCGUGAAGGAACAUCCGGGGCUUUUUCUAAAGUUUCAGCUCGCUUUUACAACACCAAUCUAACAAGUGCCUAUACAGAUAACGUCAAAUCCGAGGAACAAAGUAUAGAG